CUAUUUCGACGUUUCCUGUCGUCAGCUCUUUUUGGCUUCUGCAAGACAUACCCUGGUGGUGAAAGAGCGAUUGUCGGGUUUUCACGAUGGCCCUGGCCCUCUUCUCAUUCAACAAUUGAUAUAAUUCUCAGGGGUGCCUCAGGUCAUCUGGAUGUGUGAAGAGUCCGCCUCGAUGAGUACAGCUACCAAGGAAUAUUUGGGCCCGCGCAGGUGUUGGAGCAACUUGAAGAUGUAUCUUCUUCCACAGCUGAUGCAUCUCCCAUUUCUACUGCUUGUCAAGAGAGCCCCCAGCUUCCUUGGGGUUGCUAUUACGUUUUGGUUUGUUUCUUCCCCGCGUUCUCGACAUGCUCCGGUCGGAUAAACACCGCCUUGACGACUCUGCCAGCAAAACGAGAACCUUCUUGUGCAUGUUCUACAACCCUCCCAGUGGAAUCGGUUCGAGAUAAACUUGCGGACAUUGUCGUUUCUUUGCCACGUGUGCUAGCUAGAUCUUUGUCAAACUCUUGAUAAGGCGCUGCUGGAAUCCCGCAGCAUUUGCGAGACACUAUCCUCGUAUAGCUCCGUUGCCAAGUAAAUGGGUGUGACAAGAUCAAUGCCCAUUCAACGCUACUCUGCAGGGCCUAUCUCUCCCCUUGCCUUUCAACAAAUCAAGACUUCGUGUCGAUGACUGUCGAGCAGUUGAAUUCCUGUCGGGCAUGCCACUUAUCAUUCGACAGCAUGGAUUUGAAUUCAGAGCGGCCUUCUCCCGGCUGUCGUUCAUUUCCAAAGGCGCAUUCGCAAAGCUCUGGCCCUGUUAUGCUCCUGCUGUUUCGAGAGAUGGUGGCCCUGCAUCUCGAUGGUAGUCUAGCUUAAUCACCACGAGUUAUCGCGGAAGUGCUGCACCCAGAAGACCCAGAAUAUUGGUGCGCCAGUGGAGACAAGCUUAUCAUGCCUCGCUAAGAACCAGCAACGGCGAACGACACUUGGAUGGGAAAGGCAAUAAAGACCAGCUUGGUCCCUCCUCAAUGCGAACUCGCCUUCUAGCACCAAAGCUGUUACAGUCCAUCAACCUGUGAGCUUCUGUGAGAAUGGACGCCCCACGCAAGCAAUCGGUGACCGUCAUCGACGAGAACGCUGUGGGCGUGACAUCCGUCUUCGCCAAACGCGGCGCACAUGCUGUCUUGGAAGAAGGCGCCAACCAGGAUGAGGUCACUCUGGGUGCUUUGGGUUAUAAACAAGAGUUCAAGAGAGACUUUACAAUAUUUGAAUCCUUUUCAGUGUCAUUCUCUGUUCUAGGCCUUUUGCCUUCUAUUGCAUCUACAAUUGGUUACAGCUUGGGCUAUUCGGGAACAGGUGGCGCCAUCUGGGGAUGGCUCAUUGCGUCGCUUUUCAUCCAGGCUACCGCCUACACCAUGGCCGAGUUAUGUUCAAGCAUGCCUACCGCUGGGGGUCUUUACUACGCCUCCGCCGUUCUGGCGCCUGAAGGAUGGGGUCCGCUUGCGUCCUGGUUUGUCGGCUGGUCCAAUUUCUGCGGUUUCGUCACCGGCCCAUGCUCGGUCAACUAUGCUCUGGCUUCCAUGUUGGUCACCUGUGGCAUGAUUGCUUAUCCUGACUACGAGCCGCAAACCUGGCACAUAUACCUCACAUUGCUCGCCAUCCUCGUUAUCAAUGGCCUCAUCACAAUGCAGUCAACCUGGUUCAUCGGCUGGGUCAACAAAAUUGGUACAAUAUGGAACCUCAUUGUCAUACUCAUCUUCGUCAUCUGGUUCCCGGUGGGCUCAAUCAACCAUCCAAAGACAAACCACAGUCACUACGUCUGGACCAGUUUCCCCAACGGGACCGAGUGGCCUAUCGGCUGGUCGACCAUCAUGGGCUUUCUCACGACAAUCUGGACCCUUUCCGGCUAUGACGCCCCGUUCCAUCUCUCAGAGGAAUGCAGCAAUGCCAACAUUGCGUCUCCCCGAGCGAUUGCCAUGACCGCGCAGUCAGGGCUCGUCUUGGGCUUUGCCAUAAUGAUGGUAAUCGUGUAUACAGUCACUGAUAUAACCGAUGUUGUUGCGGGUCAGUACGGGCAGCCAUUUGGAAGUUUGUGCCUCCAGGUUUUGGGCCAAAAGGCGGGUCUCGCCAUGUUCUCCCUCAACAUAAUUGCUCAAUUUUUCGUCGGAGUCGGUUGCACAGUCACCGCGACUCGUGUGAUCUUCGCUUAUUCUCGAGAUGGUGCCAUCGUGGGAUCGCGGUGGUGGAGCCAGGUACAUCCAAAGACCAGGACACCAGUGUACGCAACCUGGGGCGUUCUGUUCGUCGCAGCCUUGCUUGGCCUAUUGAUGUUUGCGAGUCCCGUCGCUAUUGGCGCCGUAUUCAGCAUUGGUGCCAUCGCACAGUACACGGCAUUCACAACGCCUGUGGCGUUGAAGUUAUUCUUCGACCACGGCAGAUUCAAACCAGGGCCUUGGAACCUUGGAAAAUACUCAAAGCCCCUAGGCGCUGUUGCCUUUGGCUGGUGGUUGCUGAUUGUUCCGGCCCUGUGCUUCCCAGCGGUAAAGGGCAAAGACCUAAAUGCACUGACAAUGAACUGGACUUGUCUCAUUUACGGGGGCUCUAUGUUCUUGGCCAUGUCCUGGUACGCGAUCGACGGCCGAAAGUGGUUCAAGGGCCCUCGUAUCAACGUGCACUAUACUGGUGAAGGGGCCGAGGUUCUCGAUGGCCAAUCUGCACACAGCAGCGAGGGGAAGCAGAAGGAGAUGGAGGCAGCAGAGAUCAAGUCGGAGGUGUAGCCUGUGGUCUCUCGAGUCACAAGAUGUCAGGGAGUGCCUAGCUGAACCAUUUUGCAAUAUGCAUCGCUCUCCAUUCACCCAGCGGCUACAACCAUGAUGAAUUUGUCAGGAUGAUCUGCUGAGCAUCCUCGAGUCGGAGCAAGUCGUACUAGGCCCACACUCUGGGGGCAUUAUUCAGCGAUAGGUGGACGAGCAGCAGCAGCAAUUCGUCUGGGCCGUGACCUAGCCGACCAGCUAAGCUGCAGCCGGCCGUAGUCCCAACGCUGGUGCCGACGUCUGUGUCCAAGCCAUGGCUGCGCACUCACCCACCACUACUACUUCAACUCCCACAAAGUUUUCCGUACAAAGAAUGCACCCCGUCC